AUGGGAGAGGCCGCAGCUUUGGCAGGGACGGCGACGUGCGCGUCGAGUCGGACUCGCCCACCGUGUCCCAGGCUCCCGACUUCGUGCCCGUCCUCCACUCUGGCGUCGUUCUUCAGGCAGCAUUCCCCGCGGUCGUCCGUGCCGCCGUCCUCGUUUCCCUCGGGCCUCCAGCCGAUCGCGUCCAAGGACGCCAAUGGCCCCGCUGGCCGACGCACCUCCCGCACCGACCUAGAUUUCGAGCAGGCUCUCCGCGCAGGCGGCACCGUCCUCCUCAAGGAAGGCCUCGACGUCGAUAAGCUCGGCGUGAGCGACAGCUCCAACGCCUCCAUCUCUCUCUCCUCUUCUCCUUCCCCGCCUCAGCAGCGGGGCUACCUAGGCCUCCAGCCGGCGACGCCUAUCAUUGUACCACCCACACCCUCUCCCGGAAAUAGCGCCGCCCGCUCGGGCCUUGUUACCGCCACCGACCUCACCUCGCCAUCAUCGUCGUCGUCGACGAGCGAGGUCUUCUACGACGCGCCCGAGGACAUUGACUACCAGACACGGCGGCGCUCUAUGUAUCGGUCCCCAGGCACUGCAAGCAGCCCGGAUCUUGCCACACUCCUUCGAAAAGCUAAAGAACGCGGCAGCGGCGCCGGGGGGAGUCAUAAGGACGGGAAGAAGUCGAGCAACUCGUCGUCCAGAGAGGCCCAAUCGCCCGUUUCCUCUCCCCAAGUCACCCCUCUCCCCAGAGGCAAGAUGAGGUCCUCCCAGAACCUGUCCUUGUCCGACCAGCGCUCCACUGCUAGCAGCGCUGCGAGUUCUGAAUGGGUUUUGACCAGCCCAAGGUCGUUUGGGUCCAUGAAGGACGGGAAGUCUUCUGUGCGGGCGAAGACGUCCGCGUUCUUGGGCAAAAUGCUGGGAACAGGCAGUACGCGAGAGCGAUCCCGCACCCUCACGUCUUCGCCGUCCACGGCGUCCUUUGCCAACUACUCCAGCUCGCCUCUGUUCGACGCCUUUCCUCCUCCUGUUCCGCCUUUACCUAAAGGCACGUCUCGCGUACCCGCACCUGGACCUGCUGACACUGCCGACGUCUUUUCCGCUCCGCCAAGGGGGUCUGGCGACGACAAGCCUCUUCCGCCCAUCAGCCAUCAUGAACGCCCAUCGGGGGCGACAGACACAUCGGACGAUCAGUCCCUUGUGCUGGUCGACUACGAGCAGCGGUCUCGGUCACCCUCUCCAACCCAGACGGUCAAGCAGCGUGCCGGACAACACAUCAGGACCCCGAGCAGAACUAAGCGGAGGAGCAUGAGCGUCAGCGACGCAGAGAUCAAGAAAGCUAUGGGGUUGGGGGCUUCGCCAAGCCCGCUCCGCAUCUCGACUGACACCAAGGCGCUCGAAGGUUCUCCUGGGUGGGGCACCCGUCUUGAGGGCAUCAUGUCGCAGUUCAGAGGUGAACUACAGCAGCUCGCGUCUCCGUCUACGUCGCUGGACCUCCGGGACCCUACGACGCCUUCGAAGCGGCCCCUCGCUCCUCGCUCGCAAAGUGACACGAUCGCUCCUUUGUCUGUUCAACCCAAUGGCCGUCCGACACCAAGGACGGCGGUCACAGCUCCUGCUGAGUUUGGCACCCCUGCCGUCACGCUUCAGACCGUCGCUGGCGGCGAAGAGAAUCUCGUAGAUGCUGGUUCCUCUGCCCCCAACUCCGCUGUGGAGCCUCCCAUUGUUCCGCCUCGUACAUCAUCUCUAAGCACUCCUUUGCGAUCGCGCGCUGGUUCCAAUGCUGGGACGUUUCAGCGCUCGUCAAACCCAAAGUAUGGCCCACGUUCGCCCUCGAGCCGAAUCGGCGGCCCCUCUUUGCACCACGUUCAUUCCGCAUCUCGAGAAUCCAACAGGCUCCGCGUGCAGCAUCGCUCUACAGCAUCCGCAUCGGAGCCGUCCCUCGUCCCGGACCGGGACGACGGUCGCGUCUUUUCGCAACAAGACCUCACGACGAACGACCUCGUGCUAGCACGCUUCUCGCUGCGCAGCUCGCCUGGGAGACAGCAGGAGGAAACCGCCGACCUCGACAACAGAGGCAAGGAGCUUGCUGCCCGAUGCUGGGCAGAAGACGAAGAGUUCUUGCCGAAGGAUAAAAUCGCCGAGUGGCUUGGCGGACAGAGCCUCAUCAACAAGACGGCCCUGCGCCACUACGUAAACAACUUCGACUUCUCAAAUCUCCGACUGGAUCAGGCAUUCAGACGGUUGUGUGCGAAGCUCUAUCUGAAGGCGGAAACGCAGCAGGUGGACCGUAUCCUUGAGGAGUUCGCGCGGCGGUAUUGGGAAUGCAACCCGUCUUCCAUCCUGGGGUCUGCCAGCGUCGUCCAUGCUGUUUCAUAUUCCGUGCUCUUGCUCAACACCGAUCUCCAUGUCGCAGAGCUCGCAAACCGCAUGUCCAGGAACCAGUUCGUGCGGAAUACGAUGAACACCAUCCAGCUUCAGCUACGACCGGACGAAAUGGCGUCGAGCAUCGAUCUCACCUACGACGACUGGAGCAGCAUUCGAGGCAGUUCUGACCCCGGCGACACUGUGCGUGCCAAGGCGAAGCGGAGCGACAGUAUCACCAGCUGGAACAGCGUCACUCGGGAGGCGCUCUCGCCUUCUGCAGGCACGCCGGUCAAUUCCUCCGGACAGUUGACGCUCGCAUCCACAGACCCCAUCGGGUCGUCCUCGGCGAACCAGAGCUCGGUGUCCGUCGGGGCGUCGAGCAACGCCGAUGGCAAGCAGAGCCUGGAGAAUAGUGCUAGUGCCCUGCCGCCUCCGACGGCGUCGGCACCCUCGUCUGCGCCCGGGGUCAUCUUUGACCGUAAUUGGGAGUUGGAUAUCGAGAAUAUGCUGAAGGAAAUCUACAAUGCGGUAAAGGCGCAACAGAUCCUCCUUCCCACAGGCAAUAUGCUCCUAGCUCGAUCGUCAACAUCGUCGUUGAGCCCUCACGGGACGGUUCUUCGGAACCGAAGCGUCCGCACUCAGCAGGACCGUCUGACGACGCUCAAGCGCGGGAGUAUCCGGGGCUUGCAGUCCAUCUUGGGUGCUCAAGGCCACAGUCCGUACAGCAGCGGCAGCAGUAUCGACGGACGUGCCAGCCCUGCACCGAGCUUCGCGACGUCGAACGAGGGUAUGCAUGGUUCUUCUGUGUCGUUCUUGGCACCCGCGCUCGGCUUCGCGUCCAAUCUCUCUCACACAAUCAUCCGUGAGCAGAGAGAAGACGACGAGCAUAGUCUCCGCAGCGAUACCUCUUCGACCACCGACAUCAGCAUCACUGACGAGGAGCUAGCGCUUCUCGGGCCCCCGUGGGCAAAGGAGGGUAUGCUGUGCCGGAAGCAGUACUGGGAGUGCGCGGGGAAGCGGGCCAAGUCGAAGGCGUGGAUGGAUGUGUUUGUGGUCAUCCAAAAGGGCGAACUCAGCAUGUUCACAUUCGGCGAGCACGGGCUGGGCGGCUCCAGUGUUGUUGGUGGCGGAAACUGGCUGGAAAAUGCGACGCCUGUGGGGACACUGCUGCUCGCCCAUUCGCUCGCCCAUGCGCUGCCUCCGCCAGGCUACAACCGACAGCGCCCGCAUUGCAUGGUGCUGACGCUGUCGAACGGCGGCGUGUAUUUUUUCCAAGCCGGCACAGAGGAGCUCGUGAACGAAUGGGUGUCAACAUGCAACUAUUGGGCGGCGAGGCAGAGCAAGGAGCCUCUCGUCGGCGGUGUCUCGAAUAUGGAAUACGGUUGGAGCCGCGUUGCAGAUCCGGUCACCCGUGGCCGCUCCAUCUCGGAAGACGACUAUUCUAUCCGGGACACGGACUCGCAGAGCGUUCGCAGCGGGCGUAGUCGUUUCAAAGACAUGGCCGCCACCGUGCGCGCGGACAAGUCGCCAUGGGCUGACAGGACGUACAUCAACGAAUGGAAGCCACCGCUUCCGCCGUCCGUGCCGAGCACACAUGACGAGGAGACCCAGCUGGAAGCGCUACAGAAGCACGUCGCGCAUCUGAAGGAAGAUCUGCAACAGCACAACGAAUUGAGGACUCCGAUGACACAGCUGUACCAGCCGCGUUCGUCCAACGCCCAGAAGGCGAUGACCAACUGGGAGAAGAAGUCGCAGUAUCUGUUGACGGAGAUAGUCAAAUACGACUCUUACAUUGACUCGCUCCAGGCGGCGAUGUCCCUGCGGCUCAGAAAGCGAGGCGAGAAGGCGCUCGAGAAGGCUCUCGUCACCUCCUCGCCCAGCCCAGACGAUGCUGCGGGGCCGAAAGCCCGAUGGAAGGGUCAGCCCGACGAGGAUACAAUUGAGGAAAGCGAGGAGCCGCCGCCCAGUGCCGGUAUCGUGCCGUCGCCUGUGCGGAUGCAGCACCACCGACGUGAGAUAGCGCAGGUGGGCGCCGACGACGAUGUGGACGACUGA